AUGGGGGAUUCCCCGGGAACGGGCAGGGCGGGAAUGGCUCCGGAAACGUCCCAGACAUUGCUGCAGCUGUCGUCGCCCGACCACCUCACCCACCACCACCCAAACCCUCCCACUGAGCAUGAUCGAACUACCCUUCAGUCGAAGCGAUCCUCUCUACCAGCACGUCCAAAUGGUGCUGCUCGACACGCCAAACGACUGACCUUGAACUUCCCCAUCAACAUCCCGCCGCCCGCCACCGUCGACCCUAGUGCGAGUGUUGCCUCCCCUGGAUCCAUGACGCCCGUGACUCGUUCCUCCGCCUACCCCUCGCCGAUCCCCCAUCUGGCAGCUCCCCUGGCCUUUGACGAACAAGAUGAUGGCUCCGGACUGUUGACCGCCAUCGCCUCGCAGGAAAGAAGAGUGCUGGAGCUGCGGGAGGAGCUCCAUCGUGCGGAGACUGAGCUGGACUCGUUGAAGAAGCAGUGGGCCUCGUCCGAGAGGACCAAGAAGCGAGCGGAGAUUAGCUAUCGGGCAGAGCCUUUGAUCCCGCUGCGAUCCCCCGAUCAGACUCCGGAGCGCUCGCAUCGUCGAGACCCCAGUCUGAGCGGCUCCGCGAGCCCCUCGCUGGCGCACGCACGACUCAGCCGGGAGCUGGAUCGCCGCCACAGUCUGCGCGCAGCGGCAACCCAAGGCACGACCGUCUCAGCCAAUGGACGACGGGUAUUCCGGGGCUCUCACACCCGGACCCUAUCCUUGCUGUCGCCGGUGUCGGUUUCUGGAGACGGCAGGGCCGCAUCGGAGUCGGAGACCAACUCGGUGAAUGGUCGUAUCGGCCGGUCUCCCCGGUCAGCCACUCUGCCGUCGUCUGUUGAGCGCAGUGCAGGUUCCGGCGACUCCUCCAAGCCCACCGAGGAUAUGAUCGCGCAGUGGCGAAACACCAUGCCUCCUCCGUCUCGUGAGGCGCUGAUGCGCACCGGCAAGCAGAUGGCGUCCGACCUGCGUGAGGGACUCUGGACAUUCUUGGAGGAUAUCCGACAAGCGACCGUGGGAGAAGAGGGCAUCAGUGCGACCGAAUCCCGAGGCGUACCUCCCGUACGCAAGCGGGAUUCAUCCAGCUCGACAUCACGAAGCAGAGACCGGUUAUCCAUGCAGGGGGGCAGAACGUCACGCGCGGGGACAAAUUAUUCUGGUAAAGACUCCAACUCGGCGGACAUUGACGCGUCGUUCUGGAGUGAAUUCGGCAUUGAUACAGCUGGGCAGAAGUCCCGGAGCGCUCGCGGAGCCUCCAGUACCCCAAGCGGGCGGAUCGAACAGGGCGACUCCCACACCCCCGAUGUUGAAGACAACUGGGAGUGGGACUCGCCGAAGAAGACACAUACGCCGUCGUCCAGCCGCUCCACGUUGGAGUCGAAGCAGGACCAGUCGCCGAUGACGCAGAGCAGCAGUCCACGUACAAGUACCAGUUUUGGCGACUGGCGCGCCCUGCACGAGUCUAUUGUUCCCGAUCCCAGUGUCUCCGACGGUAUCCCUUGGCCAGCCAUUACCAAGCUAGCGCCCUCGAAGUUGACCCGGACCGCGUCCAACCUGAUGGCCGAAUGGGAGCGCAGUCUCUCCCCCGAACGAAAGGAACCCUAUUCGCCGAUUGACAAGGACGACAAGCGUGACUGA